GUGUAUGUCAUGGCUUUGUUUACAUCUACUAUUUAAUUGGACGAAUUAACAAUAAAUUCUGUUUAACUUAUCUGUUUCAUUAGGGACAACAUUUUUUUCAUACAUAAUCUUGACUGUUGAUUGAUGUUUUAUCCACACUGCACUGACAAGUUUUCUAACAGUUCCAAGUUAUUUAAGUCUGUGUGAAUCUGCCGGUUUAGGUUAGCUUACCUCAAGCUUACAGUCAAGUAAUGACAACCAAUCAAAAAAGGACUGUUUACGUUGGUGGAUUGGCAGAAGAAGUCGAUGAGAAGGUUCUACAUGCGGCUUUUAUUCCCUUCGGAGAUGUAGUCGAUGUUCAGAUUCCCCUUGAUUAUGAAACAGAAAAACAUAGAGGAUUUGCCUUCAUCGAGUUUGAAGCAGCUGAAGAUGCAGCAGCAGCCAUUGACAAUAUGAAUGACAGUGAAUUGUACGGGCGCACUAUCAGAGUAAACCUGGCCAAACCACAGAGGAUCAAGGAGGGAUCUUCACGACCGGUGUGGUCCGAGGAUACAUGGCUACAGGAACACGCCGGAGAGACGCUGGAGACUGAGGGAGAGAAGAAGAUAACCCCUACUACAGAGGAUGAAGAUUCAAGCACAAAAAAACACAAGAACCCUCAAGUAUACUUUGAUAUCAGCAUUGGCAAGGUGAAUGUAGGCAGAGUCAUCAUCAUGCUAAGGUCCGAUAUUGUACCCAAGACUGCCGAGAACUUCCGAUGUUUGUGUACUCACGAGAAGGGCUACGGCUACCAGGGCAGCACCUUCCAUAGGAUCAUACCUAACUUUAUGUGUCAAGGAGGGGAUUUCACCAAUCACAAUGGCACUGGUGGAAGAUCAAUCUACGGCAAGAAGUUUGACGAUGAGAACUUCACGCUGAAACACACAGGGCCGGGCAUCCUGUCCAUGGCUAACUCCGGUCCCAAUACCAACGGGUCUCAGUUCUUCCUGUGUACUGCCCGCACUGAAUGGUUAGACGGAAAACAUGUGGUUUUUGGACACGUUAUGAGUGGUCUGGACGUCCUGAAGAAAAUGGAGAAAUGUGGAACUAAAUCGGGGCUUCCAACAGAAAAGGUUGUUAUAUCGUCAUGUGGAGAACUUAUGUAAUAUAGGAUGAUAAUUUUUGUAUAUUAUUUAUAACUUUAAGUGAUUAAAAAAAUAACUUUUUAUAAAAUGC